AUUGCCUCCGAUUCUUAUCGAUAAGAGAUAAGGGACAGCCCCCAGAAAGGAAGGAGGGGAUUUCCCAACAUGACAUGCAUUGACGCUCAUUGCCAUUAUCGUACCUACUCUAUGAAUACGGACAUCUUUCACUCCAUAUCUAAGUAAUCUAGUAAUUGGUACAAGCUCGGACUCAAGCGAAACAUAUCUGCUCCAAACUCGUGUACUGUGCUUGCUUUCCUUGACACUCUGUACUCACAUCUCGAAACUCUUCGCAAUGGAAUCAGAUGCUGGUUUCAUCGCCGCCUUAGAGGAGGCAAAGAAAGGUGCCGCUGAAGGUGGAGUCCCUAUCGGUGCAGCUCUGGUGUCCAAGGAUGGCAAGAUCCUAGGCCGUGGGCACAAUAUGCGCGUUCAGAAAGGAAGCGCAACCUUGCAUGCCGAGAUGUCUGCUCUCGAGAAUUCUGGCCGUCUUCCCGCCUCCGCCUACGAGGGUGCGACUAUGUACACCACGCUGUCGCCAUGCGACAUGUGUACAGGUGCCUGCAUACUCUACAAGGUUAAGCGGGUUGUCAUCGGGGAGAACAAGAGCUUCAUGGGCGGCGAAGAAUAUCUUCUGAAUCGGGGUAAAGAAGUGGUGGUGCUGGACAACGAGGAGUGCAAGCAAUUGAUGGAGAAGUUUAUGAAGGAGAAGCCGGAGCUUUGGAAUGAGGACAUUGCUGUCUAAGCAUACCGAUAUAAGCAGUCUUGACAAAACGCCUUCGAAUGGAGAUGUGUGCAAAUGAUAUAGU